GUAGAGAAAACAGAGGCUGAGCCAAGGAGCGAUCAAGACAUGGAGAAAACAGAAGCUGAGCUGAGGACCGAUCAGGAAGAAAACAAAAUGGAGGCUGAGCAGACAAGCAGUCAAGUAGAAGAGAAAACAGAGAUGGAGCCCAGUGAUAAUCAUGUAGAAGAGAAAACGGCAAACACAAAUCAAAUAGAAGAGAAAGACGCUGACCGAGAUGAGAAGGUGGUUGAUGAAGCUGACACAGCUGAGACUGAGCAGACUGAACCGUUCCACUCGACUCCCAGUCAAGAUCCUGACAACUUACAGACAGACAAAACUGAAGAGCAACAAGACAAACAAAGCCCUCGUUCCCCUGAUCUUCAAGACACAGACAAGCAGGUUGAUGAAGAUGAAACUGGUAAGUUGGAGUCGGCACCACUGGGUGAAGGUCUGAAACCAGAGGAGACAUUUUCUACUGAAGAAACUAAGCAGGUGCCACAGAAAUCUGGUUCUCUGCCUCUUCAGAACCAGGACAAGGAGGCGGACGGGCAACGCACAAGUGAGACCACUGAUGGCUCGGCUCCAGCUGACAGUGACGUAACAGCAGAGGGGACAGUGUCUAGUGAGAUGCUCGUGACUUUACAAGAGGAGCCUGAAAACUCUCCUGACACGGAGGACGUCCAGGACAAGGCAGAACUUGUGGGUUAACCAGACAACAAGUUAUACUGAAAUAAUUUAUACUAUAUAACUGUGAAAAAAUCCCAAAUAAAU